UAACAUUUGUUCAAAGAAAGGUUUAUUAGUUUUAGUUGGAAAGUUGUUUAAGUGUGUACUACAACGCCUAUUUUGUACUACAAAAAAUUUGUAUUGUAGUACAUGCAAUGCAAUAUCAUAUGUUAAUAAUUAACGCAUUAUUAUUAUUAUUAUUAAUACAUUCAUAAAUCUCUUUAUUUUUAUUUAUUUUUCUCUCAAAAUCUAGUCGUGUGGUGUCGUUGAUUUCCAAGUUUAAAAUCAUUCAGACUGACCCUUUUGGGGAUUUGGUCUGUCUCUGUGUCUGUGUGUGUGUUGUUGGAUGAACAGAAGAAAAGUCUAUAAAUUUAUAGAUACCCAUUUCGAGUUUUGAUAAUUUUCAGUCAAGUUUCGAAGAAAAUAACAAGAUUGAGAUUUUAUAAUGGAGAAUGGGACUAAACAUAUGGAAGGGUCUUCUUCUUCAUCUUCAGAGAUUGAGAAAUUUGAAAGAGAGGAUAUGGAAGAGGUUGGACAUGAGCCAGAGGAUUUGAACAGAAUUGCACCAUGGACAGAACAGAUUACUCUUCGUGGACUGGUGGCUAGUAUAGUGAUUGGAAUCAUUUACAGUGUUAUAGUAAUGAAGCUCAAUCUCACCACUGGUUUGGUCCCAAAUCUCAAUGUCUCAGCUGCUCUUCUUGCUUUUGUGUUCAUAAGAACAUGGACUAAGUUGCUCAGCAAAGCUGGAAUUAUGUCAUCUCCUUUCACUAGACAAGAGAAUACUAUAAUCCAAACAUGUGCUGUUGCAUGUUAUAGUAUAGCUGUUGGAGGUGGAUUUGGGUCUUAUCUGUUGGGUUUGAACCAGAAAACUUAUGAACAAGCAGGAAUUGAUACUGUAGGCAAUACUCCUGGGAGUACUAAAGAGCCUGGUAUUGGUUGGAUGACUGGUUUUCUCUUUGUUACUUGUUUUGUUGGGCUAUUGGCUUUGGUGCCUCUUAGAAAGAUUAUGAUUAUAGACUACAAACUAUCAUAUCCAAGUGGAACUGCUACUGCUGUUCUUAUCAAUGGUUUUCAUACACCUAAAGGAGACAAAAAGGCUAAAAAACAGGUUCAUGGAUUCAUGAGAUUCUUCUCCAUUAGUUUCUUGUGGGGUUUCUUUCAGUGGUUUUAUUCAGGUGGAGAUCAAUGUGGAUUUAAUCAGUUCCCAACAUUUGGAUUGAAAGCUUGGAAAAACUCAUUUUACUUUGAUUUUAGUGCCACAUACGUUGGGGCAGGUAUGAUCUGUUCCCAUCUAGUGAACUUGUCUUUGCUUCUUGGUGCUGUGCUCUCAUGGGGUGUAAUGUGGCCCUUGAUAAGGGGUCUUAAAGGAGAGUGGUUCCCUCAAACUUUAUCAGAAAGCAGUAUGAAAAGUCUAAAUGGUUACAAGGUUUUCAUCUCCAUAGCUUUGAUACUUGGAGAUGGGCUCUAUAACUUUCUCAAGAUACUGUUUUUCACAGCCACAAGCAUCCAUACCAAAAUGAAGAACAAGACCCUCAAAACAUCUUCAAAUAAACAAGAUGAGACCCUUGAUGAUCUUAAAAGAAAUGAGUUGUUUGUAAGAGAUAGCAUUCCUCUUUGGAUAGCAUUCGUUGGUUAUGGUUUCUUUGCCCUCAUUUCCAUCAUAAUUAUCCCAAUAAUGUUCCCUGAGCUCAAAUGGUACUAUGUGGUUGUAGCCUAUGUGCUUGCUCCUUCUCUGAGCUUCUGCAAUGCUUAUGGAGCCGGUUUAACAGACAUGAACAUGGCAUACAAUUAUGGUAAAGUUGCUCUAUUUGUUCUUGCUAGUCUGGCUGGAAAAGAGAAUGGUGUGGUUGCAGGGCUUGUUGGUUGUGGUUUGAUCAAGUCCAUUGUGUCCAUUUCUUCUGAUUUGAUGCACGAUUUCAAGACGGGCCAUCUCACUCUCACAUCUCCUCGGUCAAUGCUUGUGAGCCAGGCUAUUGGAACAGCAAUAGGCUGUGUGGUUGCACCCGUCACAUUUUUCCUCUUCUACAAGGCCUUUGAUGUUGGGAACCCCGACGGUGAAUACAAAGCACCAUACGCUAUAAUCUACAGAAACAUGGCAAUUCUCGGUGUUCAAGGCUUUUCUGCAUUGCCACAGCAUUGUUUGCAACUCUGUUAUGGCUUCUUUGCAUUCGCUAUAGGAGCUAACCUUGUGAGAGAUCUUUCACCGAAGCAUAUCAGUAAAUGGGUUCCCCUUCCAAUGGCCAUGGCUGUUCCUUUCUUGGUUGGUGCUUACUUUGCGAUUGACAUGUGCGUUGGAAGUUUGGUUGUUUUCGUGUGGCACAAGAUGAAUGAUAAGAAUGCCGCUCUGAUGAUUCCUGCUGUUGCUUCGGGUUUGAUCUGUGGAGAUGGUUUAUGGAUUCUCCCCUCAUCAAUACUCGCUUUGGCCAAGGUUCGGCCGCCAAUAUGCAUGCGCUUCUUGACAUCAAACUAAAAACAGAAUUAGAAUUGUACUUAAAAAGUAUUAGAAUAGCUUAUAGCUUAUUGUAGUAGUUCAAAUGGUUAGGCAUGUGGUUUGUUUAUACAAAGGUCUGAGAUUCGAGUCUCUUUUCGAUAUCUACAUAGUUUUGAUGUAGUAGAUGUCAAAUUGAGUAUUGUAAAGAGGAAGAGAAGAGAAGAGAAGAGAGUACUCAAAAUGUAAACUACAUUGUAAUGAGAUUAAUUAAUUAGAUCAAUAAAACCCCACAUCUUAUUAUUGCU